AUGUUACUUCACCGGGCUCUCUGCCUUCUCAGUUUGAGCGCUUCAUUCGCAACUCAGGCCCUUGACUCAGUCACUCCAAAUACACAUCAGCUCAUCUCCCGCUCUUCAAUACAAUCACACACGAGAAAAAUUCAAGAUUUCAACCUUCGUCGACAUAUAGACCCAUCAUUUUCCAAGAGGGACCAAGAAAUUAAACCUAGCUUUGAUUACGCCAAAUAUAAGAUACGUGGUGUCAACCUUGGUGGAUGGCUUGUUACAGAGCCUUGGAUCACACCUUCACUUUACAACACAGGAAAUGACAAGAUUGUUGAUGAGUAUACACUUUGCGAGCAAUUAGGGCAAAAAGCAGCAACUGAACUUCUUCGCGCACAUUGGGAGUCUUUUUAUAAAGAAGAAGAUUUUCAAAGAAUCAGUUCAUAUGGUCUCAAUCACGUCCGAAUUCCCAUUGAAGGAAUUCCAACUUUCAUGAUUUUAGGAUAUUGGGCUUUUGACAUAUUAACUGAUGAACCUUAUGUGCAAGGUCAAUUGGAGUACCUCCACCGAGCUGUCGGGUGGGCCCAAGGAGCAGGGCUCAAGGUGAUGAUCGACUUGCACGGUGCUCCAGGAUCACAGAAUGGGUUUGACAACUCCGGCAAAAGAGGCGAGAUUAAUUGGGCCUCCGAAGAUUCGAAUGUCGCCCGUACAAGACAAGCCCUAGUAUUACUUGCUCAAGAGUUUUCUCAGCCCAAGUAUGCUGGCACGGUUACCAGCUUGGAGUCACUCAAUGAGCCCGCCGGAUUCGCCAAUGAAAAGACUUUGAAGACUACUCGUCAAUACUACUACGAUGGCUAUGGAAUUGUAAGAUAUCCGAUACCUCAAGGGUCGCAAUCGAAUUUACUAUAUGCGAUCCAUGAUGCUUUUCAACCACUCGAUGCCUGGACACAUUCCUUUCCAGCGCCAAAAUGGCAAGGAGUAGCAUUAGACACACAUAUCUAUACCGUCUUUAACAAUACUCAACUUAAAAUGACUGAUGACGAACGUGUAAAAUCAUAUUGUGAUUUAACUGAAUCAUUAGUACAAAGUGAUUCGUCUCUUUGGACUUUUGUUGGAGAAUUUACACCUGCUCCUACAGAUUGUGCACCACGUCUUAAUGGACAAGGGAUUGGAUCUAGAUAUGAUGCAACUUUCAAGGACAGUCCACGUUUAGGUUCGUGUGAAGGGAAGAGUGGAUCAAUGUCUAGUUUUUCAGAAGAGUACAAAGCCAGCCUAGGACGAUUCUUCGAAGUUCAAACUCAUGUUUUUGAAAAAGCUUCUGGUUGGUUUAUGUGGACUUUCAAAGCUGAGAAUUCAGAUGACUGGAGUUAUGACGCCGGUGUAAAGGGUGGUUGGAUCCCGCGUGAUCCAGGAUUCAAAGCGCACGGGAAUCCCUGCGGCUGA